AUGAGUUCGCACUUUCCAAAACCAGGAACCUCAUCCUUUGUUCAUGAACUAUCACUCCGCGUUCAACGGCAGCUAAACAAUAACGUGCCAUUCGACGAGUCCAUAUUUCGAUGGAUCUUGUACUGCUUGAUUGCUGGAGACAAGCACCUCAUUCUCAGGACGAGGUCACGGGAGUCAUUCGCAGUUCAAAAAGUCGCGAAAUCCAUUCUGUUCAGCAUCUUUGGGCUCAAUACUGUAUCUAUUAAACUCGACAAGGAAUCUACUCCAACCUCGCUGCUGCUGUCUCUCUUUCCAAGAAUCAACAGCAGCAUUUCGUCCCCUGUCAGCCAGACCCCCUCACAAUCACCGGCAAUCUCUGUCCCACCGACCAGCUUUGAUAGGAAAGCAAGAUUGGGUCCACCGCAUUUACUUAUGACGCCUACCAAUCGCUCGUCAUCUUACGUGCGCGGUUCGCAUGGGCACUUGAGCGUGCAGGAACGGAACCAAGAACGAGUUUCGCUUCUCGCUGAUAGCGUCCUUCCUCAUGGUCACACUGGACGCCCACGACUAAGCGUUGCAGCUACUAUUGCAGGCGUCACGGACGACGAUAGAGGGAGCAUUCGUGGCAUCCGACCCGCCUCUGGCAGAGGUUUCUUACCGCCGGAUAUAGAUGCGUCUUCGGUGACAUUUGCGGCCUCACAGCAUGUACAACAGCUGUCGCAGAGUCAAAAUAUUCCCGUCUUUCAGUUCCCACAUGCCGUUGUGGUACAUGGACUGGAGACGGCGUCUAAAGCUGUUCAAGAGACGUUGUGGGAUAUGCUGAGGACGAGAUCUGUCGUGCUAGAUCGCGAAGGAGCUCCAGACGAAAAGGGGGUGGUUUCAAAUAUGCCCGACGGCUUCAUAUUAAUCUAUCUGGAUCGCUUCUCAUUUAACGCCAGUAUCGUUAUACCACCCUCUCCCAACUCGUCUGCAAUUCUUGGAUCUGUCACAUUGGAACCGACACGGUCACCUCUUCUCCGACGGACGACGGUCUUGAGUAGGGAGUAUAUUGAAUACCUGGGUCAUCUUGCUCAUGACACACCAAUGUCGCCAAGUAUUUCGAUGUAUAUUUCAAACCUUCUCUCGGCUAUUCGCUACCAUCCUCAACUCAACGCGUCAAACAUCACGUCUCGCUGUGCACAGGAUUUGACAGAGUUUACCAAAACCGUAUUUGUCCUCACAGGCUCCAGUAUGGCUCUACAGGGAACAAAGGAUGGAGAUAUUGAAGAGGAAGACGAGACAAUCAAACGCAGGCCACCAAUGACGCCCGACGACGUUAAGCGAGUAGUCAGACACGUCGUUGGUCAUCGAGUUAGUGUACGAGAAGGUGUACAUGAGGAGCUUCUAGGUAGCGUAGUCGUAUCUGCCAUCCAACGUUCCCAGAGCACAGAGCGAGAACCGCGGCGGACGAUUCGCGAGGUGCUAAGCGAAGCUAUCGCAGCAGUUAACUAA